AUGGCCGAAAUAUUAAAACCCAAAAACACCAAUCCUAGGGGAAUUCCAGAAGCACCCUUUAUCGAGAAGGUGGAUUCCAUUAUCAAAGAUCCUGAAAAUGAAUUCCAACCGGUGAUGUCACAAUUUCAGCAACGUUUACAACAAUACAAGUACAUGGAGCUAUCAAAACAGCAGCAAUUGGCCGAUGUUGAUCUCAAGAUCCCCGACAUUGAAAAGAAUUUGGAAGUUAUAAACUAUAUAAAGGAAUGUAAAGCAACAGAAGAUGAUGACGAUGAUGACGACGACGACGACGACGACGACGAGAGCAAGGAAGAGAACUUGACAUUCAAUUAUGAACUUAACGAAACAUUGUACAAUAGGGCCUCGGUUGACGUGAAGAAACUCGAUUCAGUUUAUUUGUGGUUGGGAGCGGAGGUCAUGCUUGAAUACCCCUUGGACGAAGCUACAGAUCUUUUGAAAGAAAGGCUCAUCAAGAAUCAGGAGCAAAAGGCAAUUGUGCAGGAAGAUCUAGAGUUCCUCAGAGAAAACAUAACCACCAUGGAAGUUAAUACGGCCAGAUUGUACAAUUGGGAUGUUGAGAGAAGAAAAAAGGAACAAGCAAAGAAGUAG